UGUGUGUGAUCUUGCGUAACGGGUUAUUUAACGUGGCAAAAACAGCGGAUUCGACUGAUAAUUUAUACAGAAGCAUCUUUUCAUACCUUAGGUCCCAUCUCACUUACCAGCAGCAUGAGUGAGGACACAGAGCCAGGUAGAGAAAUGGACUUGUGGAUGUCAAAAUGGGAAAAGGGACAAGCAGUCUGGCACAAAACCGUUGUUCACCAGCUGCUGGUGAAAAAUUUGGAUUUGCUCGUUGCUGGGAAGAAAAACGCUAAGGUCCUCUUUCCACUGUGUGGGAAAAGCUUAGAUAUGAAAUGGCUUGCUGACCAGGGACAUACUGUUGUUGGUGUGGAGGCAUCGGAACUUGCUGUCCAGUCUUUCUUCACAGAAAACGGUAUACAGCAUACAGUCACCGACGUCCCUGCUAUUGAUUUCAAGCUUUACCAGGACUCGGACAACAAGAUAAGAAUUUAUGUGGGGGAUUUUUUUAAAUUCAGCAAGGAAUUGGAGAGAGAAUUUGACGGAAUUUGGGACAGAGGAGCACUAGAGUCCAUACAUUUAGAGGACCGUGCGCGCUACGUCAAACUCAUGGUAUCACUUAUGAGUGAAGAUUGUCAAUACCUAGCUGAGGCAUAUUAUUAUGAAGGCGGUAGCAAGCGAGGACCACCACCGCAUUCUACUCGCCCAGAUACCAUAUACAAGUUGUUUGAAAACACCUGUGAUAUUAACUUCAUGUAG